AUUCUGGGUAAUGAACUAACGCAAAAGAGAUGAGGUGUAUGGUCGUGAUUUUUAUGCUAGCAUCGUGCGCGAUGGCUGCUUUCGAUGAUCUUCGGUUACCUGAUUAUCCAGUGCAUUACAAUGAUUACAGCCGACAGUGUCAUGUACCUGUGAAAUGUUCUAGUGAUCCUCGGUGUCCAAAUAUUAACGAUUGGAAGGACUUAGAGCGUUGGGCGCAGCAGGAAGCAUUCACAAAGUUUAAAAGGGAUUCGAGCUUCGAGGAUAAUCCGUCUUCCUUGAUCAGUGAUAGUGAAUAUGAUUUCAAUUUGUUUUUCACCAAAGGACUGGAUGAUGAUCAAGAGAUUGGAGUUAAAAAUACUUUGACAACCGAUAUCUUAUUGCAAUAUCUAGCGAUUAAAGGGAAAUGCUCUGUGCGAAAUAUGCUAGAAAGGCACUGUCCAAACGUUAGCCAAUCGCUGUCUCUGGAAAAAUGCCAGCACAGAAAGCUGCACAAAUGCGAUCCAGACUAUCCGUAUCGAUCUUACGAUGGAGUGUGCAACAACCUGCGACAUGCAACUUGGGGUCAAGCUGGCAAUCCUCUCAAAUUUGAACUGGCACCGUGCUUCGAUGAUUAUGUUUCCAAGCGUCGCAUGAGUGCGUCUGGACGAAGUCUGCCAAACAACAGAGAAGUUAUUAGUGAUAUUCAACGCGUGACAUUUGAUGUACCCACCAAUGUUCAACUUCGCCAUGUAUUUACCCUAUUUGGCGUUUUAUUUUCCGAACUUGUUAACACGGACAUAAUUGGCCGAGCAAUGAAACGGGCCCGUAAUGCUACCACAGGCUUCCGUGGAUGCCGUCCUGAUGGAAGUGGCGUAUCUUUAUACCGUGCACCCUUGACCGCACCUAUGGAUGUUUCCGCUCAAGAUCCAAACUAUGGUCCAAUGCACGUAGAGUGCUUGAAUUUUAGCCCGAUUGAAAAUGCCAAUGAUCAAUGCGAUAUUAGGUAUCCCACCAAGAGAAACAUCGGCACUAGUUAUCUAGAUCUAGACGUAAUGUAUGCUCAUGGAAAUUAUGAUAGUGAAGGGAAAAUAGUAGUAUCCCAUUGCAAAGCAUCUUCUGCGUUUGAUACGAAUCAUGUCCUUUCUAUUCAGUUUUUAAGUGUAGCAGGGCUUUUCUCACAACUUCACAAUUACUGUAUUGACAGAGCUAGUUCAUGUUGUGUAAAUCAAUCAAAAGAGAUUAUGAUAGAAAAGUGCCGUGCAUUGACGAUCGGUGUAUAUCAACGUAUCGUUUACGAAGAAUUGCUGUUGAGCUUGUUCGGGGAAGAGUUCUACAAGCAAUGCAAUUUUGAUUGUGAGUACGACGAGGAUUUGGAAUCUAGUGUAUCUUCUACGUACACCAAUUCAGCGGGUCGUUUUCAGCACAUAUGGAUUCCAGAUAACGUAACGGUUGUAUCUGGUAACGACCGGGUUCAGAGACCUUUUUUUGAGUUUUUUCUCAACCUAGAAUCGUUUGACUGCCCGAGCAUCCUAGAAGGAAUGCUGGAAGAUCCGGUUCAAAGCUCCAGAAUGUCGGAUUCGCUGAUUAAUACAUUCUUUUCCAAAGACGGAAAAAAGGGGCAUUGCUUGAUGUGUCUUGAUUUAGAAAGAGGUCGAGAUGCGGGUUUAUGUCCAUUGGUUUUAUACAAACAUUAUUUCGACAAGAUAUCAGGUAACCCAACGAAGUGUUAUGAAUCGUUUGAUGAUUUGAAUGAUAUUUUCCAAAAAGAACUGGUAGAUGUGUUUAGGAAUCACUACGAAAGUCCACAUGAUAUAGAUGCACUAUUUUUAAUCUUUGAAAAAGUACGAGACAAAGAGGUCAACAUGCCAAGAACGAUAGCUACAGCAUACUGUGUUCUGUAUAAACGGCUGAAAUGUAGUGAUCGGUUUUUCUACAGUUGGAAUCAAUUUUUAUCACCUGCCCAGAAAGAAUUGAUUCACUCUAUCGACAUGUCAACCCUCUUGGCACUGUUUGGAGGAAUAAAGAAUGUACCUGUUGUUCCAUGGCAUUAUCAAUCGAAAAGAGUUCCUGCUCAGCAGCUUCUGGAAAAAAUUGAAAACAAACUUCAUUUAUUCUGUAGUCUCUGA